GGGGGGGUCGCUGUGUGGGAUAUGGAUUGUGGACCUCCCAAAGUAUAGCAGUUCGUGCUCUCAGCAGCCCCUGCCUUGCCAGGACAGCGUGUCCUUCGAAGACAUGGCCAUGUACUUCUCUUGGGAGGAGUGGAAUCUUCUUGAUGAGGCUCAGAGACACCUGUACUUCUCUGUGAUGUUGGAGAACCUGGCCCUCACGUCGUCCCUGGGUCGCUCCUUAGAAGUGAAGCAUGACGGGGCACCUUCCGAGCCAAGCAUUUCUGUGGGAUUGUCGCAGGUCCGGACCUGCUCUCCAGGUUCAGCUCUCCAGAAUGAGUGCUCCUGUGAAAUGCAUGGCCCUGUCUUGAGAGGUAUUUUUCACUCAGCUCAGCACCAUGGGACACACAGCAGGAAGAAGCCGUACACAUACAAGGCACAGCCAUACCUCACAGCAGGGUUACAGCAUCACCGGCAGCAUGUCAGAGAGCUGCCAUUUGGAAGCUGUGUGGAUAGACUCACGUACAAUCCGCGUGUCAGGGAAACUUUCACCUGCAAAGAAAUUGCCAAGGGCUUCUCACCCAGUGUGGUGUUCCCUCAUCAACAAGACACAGGAAAGAACCCAACCAGUGGUGACAAGUGUGGGGUGGCCUUGCACAGUGGAAAGUCAUCAUGCUGGGGAAAAUGUAAGAAAACCUUCAGCCACAUCAGCACAUUUGUUCAGGACCAGAGAGUCCUCAUCAGGGAAGGGCUUUUUGUCCACAAGUGUGGAAAAGCCUGUACAUGAAGGUGUAACCUCAUCCAGCACCAGAAAGUGCACGGUGAGGUCAGGCCUUACAGCGAGUGUGGAAAGUGUUUUACCUACUACUCCAGCUUCGUGAUACACUGGCGAGUCCACACUGGAGAGAGGCCUUACUCGUGAAGUGAGUGUGGGAAGGGCUUCGGUCAGAUCUACAGCCUCAACAGCCACCAGAAAGUUCACAUUGGAGAAAGGCGUUACGAGUGCAGAGAAUGUGGGAAAUUCUACCAAAGAUCCAACCUCAUUCAGCACCAGCGAGUCCAUGCUGGAGAAAAGCCUUACGAGUGCAGAGAAUGUGGGAAGUCCUUUAGCCAAAACUUUAGGCUCAUCUACCACCAGCGCAUCCACACUGGAGAGUGCUGUGAGUGUGGGAAAGCCUUUAGCCGCAGCUCCAGCCUCAUCCACCACCAGAGACUCCACAUGCAGUGCAGUAAAUGUGGGAAGUCUUUUAAGCAAAGCUCCAGCUUCAGUUCACAUUGGAAAGUCCACAUGGGGAAAAAGCCCUAUGCAUGUAGGGAAUGCAGGAAGUCCUUCAGCCAUAGCUCUAACCUUAAGACCCACCAGAGAGUUCACACUGAGGAAAGGCCCAUGGAGUGCAGGGAGUGUGGAAAGUCAUUUAGCUGCAAAUCUAACCUUAUCAAACACCUGAGGAUUCACACUGGAGAAAGGCCUUACCAGUGCACUGACUGCGGGAAGUGCUUCAGCCAGAAUCCAGCCUUAUUCAGCACUGGCAGCUGGACACACAAAAGCCCUACCAGCGCCGUGACUGGGAAAGGCUUCGCCUGCAGGUCUAUCCUCAUUCAAUGCCGGAGAGUCCACACUGGAGUAAAGCAUUAG